AUGUCACUGUCAGAUAGCAGAGUAAAGAUAUGUGGUGCGGAAGAAGGGGAACAGAACAAUGAGUCGUUUGACUUCAAUACUUACGCAACGAAGAAGACAAUAGCCAAAGGUCUUCUUGACGUGGGUCUGCUGAUGUCAAAUGCUUCACAGCUGAAAACUACCAUCAGUCUAGGCUCCUCGCACGAAUACUUUUCUAUAAAUAUCGUUCUCAUCGCAGUUUCUGUCAUCCUGCAAGUCGUUGUCGGAAUUAUGCUGCUCAUUGUUGGAUGUAUGAAAGGGGAAAAUAUGGAAGAAAAGAAUCGCGCCAAUAAGCUAAACAACUUCACCGUUGGUAUUGUUCUAAUGAUUACAGUGAUCAAUGCCUUUAUAGCCGCUUUUGGUGUGCAAGCGUCCGAUUGA